AUGACCACCUCCGGCGCGCCCAAGCCCCCAACCUUCAAGCGCUCCUCGCCCAGGAACAAGUCGCGGCUCAGAAGCCGCCGCGUCGCCGCUGGUGGCGGAGAGGGCGAGGCCGAGGCCGAGGCGGCGGGGACCCUGGCGUUGGCGAGGGCACUGCUUCCCGCAUCGGUGGAGUUGGACGCCGUGCUGCCUGUUGGGCGCGCAUUGCCGCGGGAGUUCUUCGAGGUGGAUGCCCUCGACCUCGCCCCCCGCCUCCUCGGCAAGUUGCUGCGGCGCGACGAGGUCGUCCUCCGCAUCACCGAGGUGGAGGCUUACAGGCCAAAUGAUUCCGCAUGCCAUGGCCGGUUCGGUGUCACAGCGAGGACUGCUCCAGUGUUUGGACCAGGAGGCCAUGCAUAUGUCUAUCUGUGCUAUGGACUCCACAUGAUGCUCAAUGUUGUUGCCGAUAUAGAGGGUGUUGGUGCUGCUGUUUUGAUCCGGUCUUGUUCUCCAGUUAGCGGUCUUGAAACUAUCCAGCGACACCGAGGUCAACAGACAGAGAAACCUGCCCUACUUACAGGACCAGGAAAGGUUGGACAAGCUCUGGGCCUAUCCACCGAUUGGUCGAACCAUCCUCUCUACACACCUGGUGGGUUGGAGGUAUUGGACGGGCCAGAACCGGAGAGCAUUUUGGUUGGUCCCCGCGUUGGCAUCGAGUACGCAUCUCCCGAGCAUGUCGCGGCGCCGUGGAGGUUCGCCAUCGCCGGCACGCCGUGGAUCAGCGCCCCCAAAAAUACGCUCCGGCCGCGCUGA